CCAGUGAGAUCCAUCCCCAAACCCAAACCUAUCCCGAAAUGUCGUAACCUUACCCACCACCUAAGUCGUAACCCAAAUGGACUCCAUAAUUGGGUUGGAUUCAAUUCAAUAUUAGAAGAAGAAUAUAUAGCGUUGACCGACCCAAUCUCGACCUAACCGAUCUGGCAUACUCCAUCGGGCGUUACCGAAUCCCUCAAACUCACAUCCGGUUCAGAUCCUCUUCCACCACAAACAAACCCCCCAACCCUAACCCUAAACCUAACCCUAUCUCUACCGGAUCUCCCGAUCGGACUCUGUGAAGCUCGACCAACAAUCACCGUCACAGAAGGCAGAAACCUACCGCAACUCAGUUACAGAUCAUUCUUUUAUGUUGCUCAGUGCUUCACGGUGAGUGCACAACUCCAGCCUCUUCUUGCUACAAGCCCACCUCAAAUGUUCUGACGUUGGUUUAUAUCAAGUACAUGUGAUGGAAAUAUCAAGUGAGACGCCUAUUAAGAAACCGAAGAGGUUGACAUCUGUUGUAUGGAAUCACUUUGAAAGGGUUAAAAAGGCUGACGUAUGUUAUGCUGUCUGUGUUCAUUGCAAAAAGAAACUUAGUGGGUCAAGUAACAGUGGAACUACUCAUUUAAGAAAUCAUUUGAUACGGUGUCUGAAAAGAUCCAAUUAUGAUGUGUCUCAAAUACUUGCAGCAAAAAGAAAAAGGAAAGAAAGUAACCUCAGCCUUACGGUUGUCAACCAUGAUGAAGGGCAAAAGAAAGAUGAAAUCAUUAACGUUACCCCUAUGAACUUUAAGUAUGAUCAAGAGCAGAGAAAAGAAGAAACUAUCAACCUUGGAAGUAUUAAGUUUGAUCAAGAGCGGAGUCAGUUGGAUCUUGCUCGAAUGAUCAUGCUGCAUGGUUACCCAUUGGCCAUGGUCGAGCAUGUUGGGUUCAAAAUGUUUGUCAAGAAUCUUCAGCCAUUAUUUGAGGUCAUGACUAAUAGCACCAUUGAGCUUGACUGUAUGACAAUCUACGGAAAAGAGAGACAGAAAGUGCAUGAUAUGAUUCAUGGUUUGCAUGGCAGAAUUAGCCUUGCUGUUGAUAUGUGGACUUCACCUGAAAAUGCGUGGUACUUGUGUUUGACAGCAAACUAUAUUGAUGAGGAUUGGAACUUGCAGAAGAAGAUGGUGAAUUUUGUAACAUUAGACUCUUCGAACACUGAUUACACACUUUCAGAAGUUGUUAUCAAGUGUCUGAUCGAUUGGAGUAUUGACCAUAAGUUGUUUGCUAUGACAUUUGAUGAUUGUUCAACCCAUGAUGAUGUCGUGAUUAGAAUUAAAGAGUGGCUCUCUCAGAACAAGCCUCUUUUGAAGAAUGGGCAGCUAUUUGAUGUACGUUGUGCAGCACGUGUUAUAAAAUCUAUUGUUCAAGAUGCUAUGGAAGCACUUCAAGAUGUAAUUCACAAAAUCCGAGAAAGCAUUAGAUAUAUCAAAAGUUCACAAGCAACCUUGGGGAAGUUUAAUGAGAUUGCUCAGCAAGCUGGAAUCAAUAGUCAGAAACGGUUAUUUCUUGACUGUCCAAUGAAGUGGAACUCAACAUAUCUUAUGCUUGAAGCAGCUGCAGAAUAUAGGUGUGCCUUUUCUCUCCUACUAGAUCACGACCCUGCCUACACAAUGGCUCUGUCGGAAAGAGAAUGGGAAUGGACAAGUUCUGUUGCUGUCUAUAUGAAACUUUGUGUUGACAUCACUGAUGUCUUCUCAGCCAACAAAUGUCCUACUGCAAAUAUAUAUUUUCCCGAGAUUUGUGAUCUUCACAUCCAAUUGAUUGAGUGGUGCAAGAGUGAAGAUGAUUUUGUCUGUUCUAUGGCACUGAAGAUGAAAGCCAAGUUCGACAAAUAUUGGAGCAAGUGCAGUUUGGCUUUGGCAAUAGCAGCAAUCUUAGAUCCUCGAUUCAAGAUGAAGUUGGUGGAGUAUUACUAUUCUCAGAUUUAUGGCUGUGAUGCCCCAGAUCGCAUCAAGGAUGUUUCCGAUGGUAUUAAAGAGCUUUUCAACGAGUAUUCUGUUAGUUCAAAUUCACUGGAUCAAGAUCCGGCUCGGCCUGGCAGCAGCUUAGCUAGUACUAGUAAUGGUACUAGAGAUAGACUAAAGGGCUUUGACAAGUUCCUCCAUGAAACUUCACAAAGUCAAAGCAUAAUUUCAGACCUGGACAAAUAUAUAGAAGAACCAAUAUUUCCACGCAAUUAUGAUUUCAACAUAUUAAAUUGGUGGAAAGUUCACACGCCGAGGUAUCCCAUCUUAUCUAUGAUGGCGCGUGAUAUUUUGGGGGUUCCUGUAUCUACUGUUGGAGCAGAGUUGGCUUUCAGCACAGGAGGUAGAGUUCUUGACCAUCACCGGAGUUCACUUAAUCCUGAAAUUCGGGAAGCUUUGAUAUGUGGACAAGAUUGGUUGCGGAUGGAAUUAGAAGGAACCAAUCCAUCCACCAGCCAUUCUGCUCAACCCCAUUUAAUGGAAACAAUAUAGUUGCGUCCGUGGUUGAUGGAUUGAUCCUCGCCAGAAUACAAGAUGUGCGGCAAAUUCAGAUAUGACAAAGACAAGUGAUAAUUGACACCACACGCACACACACCCCUACUCUCUUUUGCUCCUCUCCAUGUAAGCCUUAACCACCACAGCCUCGCCCAUCCACCCGCCUCCAUCAGUAUCAAUCUUUUAUCUUUGAUUUUAUUGCUACUUUUUUUCCUUCUAUAUUCUGUCAAUCGCAACAGUUGCAUUUUCAACCUGUGUUGCAUUCUCGAUGUACAGGUGUUACAUGCGAUGCUUUUUCGAUGCAAUGGGUGUUGCAUAUUUUAUUUGUUUAAAA